AAAGAAGUGCUCAACAUGCAGAGGCACUUCGUCCCUGAAUUCGAUUUCAAAGAAAACGAAGAACCAUUAACCUUUGAUUCUCCACCUCCUUCCCCUCAAAAGCACGCUGAUCACGCUGACGAGGGGUCGAUAAUGGAGCUUGCGUGGCACCAAGGCCCGGUGAUUGGCCCGCUCCACGCCGACCCAUUUCUCACGCAGCGGACGUGCGUUCGUCGCGCGGAACGAGCAAAGGGGGCGACUUUUAACGGAGGAGGACGAGAUGGACACGUGGCUACACAGCAUGAUCAGGUCGAAGAACGAGGAGAGAUCAUAUUGGAGCAGUCGUCGAAAGGGGUAGUUGUCGUCAGGAGGCUGCGGAGAGAGUUGCGGUGCCGAGGAGGCUGUCGCUGCUGCUGCCUGUCUGCUGCUGCUGCUGCAACAGCAGCAGCAACAUCUACGGAGUUUGAUGCGGUGGGCAAGGCGUUUGACACUAUUUGGUCGCCUGCGAGAGAUUCUGGUGGCCGCGGCGCGCACGCGAGCGAGGGGAAGAGGAAGGCGAGGACGGGGAGGGAUCCUGGGUGUCACCAGGAGCUAGACAAAUCAUGCAGCGAAGAAAGAGAGCACAAUAAUCUUAAGCAAUGUUCCAGAUUUGAGCUGAAAAGAUCCCCAAGCCACCUUGAUUCAUCCCUAAGCAUACUUUAUCCCAGGACACAAGAGGACUCAUGGAGGUUUGAUCAGUUGCACCCCAUAGAAAUUUCCUACAAAUCUCAUCAAUUUUGUGAAGUACCUUUACAGGGUGUACGAGUAGAACACGGCAACAAGAAAAAAGAGGUUCUUACAUCGAGAACUCGAGCAGCAGAGGUUCACAAUCUCUCUGAACGGAGACGCAGAGAUAAAAUAAAUGAGAAGAUGAAGGCCUUGCAAGAACUCAUACCCAGAUGCAAUAAGUCAGAUAAAGCCUCAAUGUUGGAUGAUGCAAUUGAGUACCUGAAGUCACUUCAAUUGCAAGUGCAGAUGUUAUCAUCAAUGCAAUACAACAUGGGUCACAUGAUGUUCCCAGACAUGCAAAGGUACAUGCAGACUCUGGGAUUCAUGGGCAUGAGCAUGGCCAUGGCUUCAGGAGGCAUACAACGUCCAAUGAUGUCAUUCGCACCGAUCCUUCCUUAUCCCCCCGUAAUUGCAACACCGCCACCUAAUCCACAACCACGACCAGUGCCAUCCUUCCAUCUGGCAAAUGCUGUUAUUCCAGACCAAGUAAGAACUGAAGCAUCCAACCAGCAAGACGCAGCAUCAAAUUCUAUCAACUUGAUGAACCCUAAUAUGGUGCAGGAUCAUAUUCUGGCUAAAUCUGGAAAAAUCAAGGGUUAAAUGACAGUUCGGAUCUGUUGUCUGCAGCUGAUCGAUAAAGUUUUGUAGAGUAGACAAGAGGGGUUGCUGACAAGAUCACAGCGGUUGAGGUUAAUCUUAAUAGUAUUUCAGAACAAGUCUAUUGAUAUUAUAUGUUAACAUAAACAUUUUAUUAUAUAACUAAGGUUGUUUUAUUUUCCUCCUGCGAAUAUAAGGAAGAUAUAUUUUA